ACCCUACAGUGUUCAUCGAAGCAACGUUGCGGUGUCUUCAAAGGAGAAACUGCGUAAUGCGCAAUAGCUGCUGGUCUCCAGUGCGCCUUGUCAGUCCAUCAUGCUGUGACACUUAUCGUUUCGAAAGCAGCAGCGCACCACACAGAGAGAGAACGAGCAGGAGAGAAUGGAGAGAAGUGAAGAGAACGACGAUGAAGCCUCCUCGUCCUCGUCCCAGCAAAACACAAUGUGGAAACAAUUUCAAGCGAGAGCCAAACCCAUCCUUAGCCCCAAACUCAGCGCCAGAAACCCAGAUGAGAAAAGGGAGAAGGGAUCAUUGUGGAUGUUUCGGAAGAAGAAAAAACACCCUGUUUUGGAUCGGGUGAUCUCCUCCUCACAGCCCGACCUAUUCUCUGAACCGGUGGGUUUGGACUUGCAGGAGUCGCCCCUCUGCGGCAAAGUGGACCCGAGCACCAGCCACAGCUCCAGACAGGCGGGCGAAGAGCCGAUGCAGCCCGACACACAGAGAGUCGUUGGCGACUCGGGAAUCCCGAAGCCCACGCUAGUACAGCUGGUGCAAUCCCACCACAAGAGCUCCUCGCUGGGGUCCUCGUGCCUGGAGAGGCUGGUUGCGGACCCUUCAGCGAGUGGUAGUGACAGCGAUGUAGGAGAGAAGGAGGCACAGCUGGAUAAAGCUGACCUGCAGGUUAUGGGUGCCUCGGGGGUUAACUCGGACAGAGCUCUGCCCAGCUCAGAGAUGUACCAGCUGGACAUAGUGCUGAAGAGAGGACACAACCUGGCCAUACGGGACAGAGGAGGUACCAGUGAUCCAUAUGUGAAGUUUAAGCUGUGCGGGAAGGAGGUGUUUCGCAGUAAGACCAUCCACAAGAACCUUAACCCUGUCUGGGACGAGGGGACUAAACUACUGGUGGACAGUCUGCAGGAACCUCUCUAUGUCAAGGUGUUUGACUAUGACUUCGGCCUUCAGGAUGACUUCAUGGGUUCAGCUUACCUCUACCUGGAGUCCCUGGAGCAACAGCGGGCAAUACCAGUUAAUCUAACACUGCAGGACCCUCACUACCCUGAUGUAGACCUGGGAACACUGGAGCUGACCGUCACCUUAAGGCCUAAAGACGGCUCCAUAGAGGAGCCGCACAGAGAUGCCACUACCAUGCUGCUCAAACGGACCUGGAGGCGAUCCAGUAAGCAGCAGUCCGUGCGUUUGGCAGAGCUGCACCGUAAGCACCAGCUGUGGAGAGGCAUCGUCAGCAUCUCUCUGAUCGAAGGUCGUGACCUUUGCCCCAUGGACCCCAACGGCCUCAGUGACCCCUAUGCAAAGUUCAGACUGGGAAACCAGAAGUACAGGAGCAAGACCAUGCCUAAGACGCUGUGUCCCCAGUGGAGAGAGCAGUUUGAUCUGCACCUGUAUGAAGAGACAGGAGGAGUGCUGGAAAUUGCAGUCUGGGACAAAGAUACAGGACGCAGGGAUGACUUCAUAGGACGCUGUACAUUAGACUUGUCCACCCUUGCUAAGGAACACACCCAUCGGUUGGAGCUGGCGUUGGAGGAGUCCCGGGGCUCGGUGGUGCUGCUGCUCACUCUGACAGCCUCCUCACACGUCUCCAUCGCCGACCUGUCACUCACCCCGCUCGACGACCCCAUCGAACGCAGGGAGAUCAUGGGCCGAUAUGGCAUGUUCCGGCCCCUGUCUAACCUGAAAGAUGUGGGGAUAGUUCAGGUCAAGGUGAUGAGAGCUGAGGGCCUCAUGGCUGCCGACGUCACAGGUAAGAGUGAUCCUUUCUGUGUUUUGGAGCUGAAUAACGACCGGUUACAAACACACACCAUCUACAAGAACCUCAACCCGGAAUGGAACAAAGUCUUCACCUUUAAUGUGAAGGACAUCCACUCUGUGUUGGAGGUGACAGUGUUUGAUGAAGACCGAGACAGGAGCGCUGACUUCUUGGGCAAAGUGGCCAUCCCACUGUUACAUAUCCAGAAUGGAGAACAGAAGGGUUAUGUAUUGAAGAAUAAGGAGAUGACCGGACCAACUAAAGGACUCAUCUACCUAGAGUCUGACGUCAUCUACAGCACUGUGAAGGCAGGCUUGAGGACGAUAGUUCCACCAGAGCAGAAGUACAUUGAGGAAGAACCCAAAGUGUCUAAACAUUUGCUCCAGCAGAACUUUAACCGAGUGAAGAGGUGCAUCUUGUUCGUGAUAAACAUUGGAACCUUCAUUAACAGCUGCUUUGAGUGGGAGUCACCUCAGAGGAGCAUCAGUGCCUUCCUGUUCUUUGUGGUAGUAGUGUGGAACUUUGAGCUCUAUAUGGUGCCUGGAGCUCUGCUGCUGCUGUUGACGUGGAAUUACUUCAUCACUGCAGGCAGGGAGUCAGGAGACACGGCAGGGGAAGCCACGUUCGAGUGGGAGGAAGAGGAAGAAGAGAAAGAUGACAAGGAUUCGGAGCGUAAGGGCUUCAUGGAUAAGCUGUAUGCCCUCCAGGACGUGUGUGUCAGUGUACAGAGUGCCUUGGAUGACGUGGCCUCCUAUGGAGAGAGGAUAAAGAAUACAUUUAACUGGACAGUGCCUUUCCUGAGUUGGCUGGCCAUAUCUGUUCUGUGUGUGGCUACAGUCCUCCUCUACCUCAUCCCUCUGCGAUACCUUGUGCUCGCCUGGGGUGUGAAUAAGUUUACUAAGAAGCUCAGGAAUCCGUACCUGAUCGAAAACAAUGAGGUGCUAGACUUCCUCUCUAGAGUCCCCUCAGACGUACAAGUGAUGCAGUAUCGGGAGCUGAAGUUUGAUCCAGGACAGAGCCCCAGCAAACGAAAGAAGACCAACCCUGGCUAGACACAAACACACACACACACACACACACACACACACACUGGACUCUGUCUCUGAGGGAUUUUCAACUCCCCCAUACUUUGUAAAUAGGGUAUGCAACUGUAAACAUUGUAAAACAAAUAGUAUAGAAUUUUUUUAUAUCAUUACGAUUAAGACUAGUACUAGUUUUAUUUUGUAUGUUUUAGUUAUUGUGUUAUUACUCAUUUUCUUUGUUUGGUCACAAUAUCAUUUUAUACAACGGGUCCAAACACUGAAUUUUUAAAAUGGAAAGACUCCCUUCUGGAGUCGUGUUCUUUCCUCCGACUAGAUACCUGGAUACCUGGACACCUGUACAAGAUCAGCACAGGGACACACUAGCCUCCAGGACUAUGUUGCCAGUUAUAAAAACAUAGUUUUUAAUAAAGAUUUCUACAGAGAUA